AUGAGCAUAGUGCUCAAGCUGCCUCCUCCUCUGGACCAGCCAGACAACUCUCCUCUGCACCAGCUGCCUCCUCCUCUGGACCAGCCAGACAACUCUCCUCUGCACCAGCUGCCUCCUCCUCUGGACCAGCCAGACAACUCUCCUCUGCACCAGCUGCCUCCUCCUCUGGACCAGCCAGACAACUCUCCUCUGCACCAGCUGCCUCCUCCUCUGGACCAGCCAGACAACUCUCCUCUGCACCAGCUGCCUCCUCCUCUGGACCAGCCAGACAACUCUCCUCUGCACCAGCUGCCUCCUCCUCUCCACCAGCUGCCUCCUCCUCUGGACCAGCCAGACAACUCUCCUCUGCACCAGCUGCCUCCUCCUCUGCACCAGCUGCCCACUCCUCUGGACCAGCCAGACAACUCUCCUCUGCACCAGCUGCCUCCUCCUCUGGACCAGCCAGACAACUCUCCUCUGCACCAGCUGCCUCCUCCUCUGGACCAGCCAGACAACUCUCCUCUGCACCAGCUGCCUCCUCCUCUGGACCAGCCAGACAACUCUCCUCUGCACCAGCUGCCUCCUCCUCUGCACCAGCUGCCCACUCCUCUGGACCAGCCAGACAACUCUCCUCUGCACCAGCUGCCUCCUCCUCUGGACCAGCCAGACAACUCUCCUCUCCACCAGCUGCCUCCUCCUCUGGACCAGCCAGACAACUCUCCUCUGCACCAGCUGCCUCCUCCUCUGCACCAGCUGCCCACUCCUCUGGACCAGCCAGACAACUCUCCUCUGCACCAGCUGCCUCCUCCUCUGCACCAGCUGCCCACUCCUCUGGACCAGCCAGACAACUCUCCUCUGCACCAGCUGCCUCCUCCUCUGGACCAGCCAGACAACUCUCCUCUGCACCAGCUGCUUCCUCCUCUGGACCAUGCGGACACGGAGCGAGCAGAACGGAGCGAGCAGAACGUAACGAGCAGAACGGAACGAGCAGAACGGAACGAGCAGAACGUAACGAGCAGAACGGAAAAGGCUCGUCUGGAGGCCCGUCUGGAGGCCCGUCUGGAGGCCCGUCUGGAGGCCCGUCUGGAGGUCCGUCUGGAGGUCCGUCUGGAGGUCCGUCUGGAGGCCCGUCUGGAGGUCCGUCUGGAGGCCCGUCUGGAGGUCCGUCUGGAGGUCCGUCUGGAGGUCCGUCUGGAGGCCCGUCUGGAGGUCCGUCUGGAGGUCCGUCUGGAGGCCCGUCUGGAGGCCCGUCUGGAGGCCCGUCUGGAGGUCCGUCUGGAGGCCCGUCUGGAGGUCCGUCUGGAGGCCCGUCUGGAGGCCCGUCUGGAGGUCCGUCUGGAGGCCCGUCUGGAGGCCCGUCUGGAGGUCCGUCUGGAGAUCCGUCUGGAGGUCCGUCUGGAGGUCCGUCUGGAGGCCCGUCUGGAGCGGAAAACACCCGAGCCAUGGACUCAGCAGGACCUCCUCUCCAACACUUGUUACAUCUGCACGGGCCCCCAGCAGGAGCCCCCAGCAGGAGCCCCCAACAGGAGCCCCCAACAGGAGCCCCCAGCAUUGGGCCCCCAGCAGGAGCCCCCAGCACGGCUCCUCCCGGCUGCAGGGGCCUCUCUGCUUCCUGCUCCAGCGACGGCUUCCUCUCGAAGUCAAUAA